UUGUGGAAUGUGACGGGAAUCCGUGGUGUUUUGGGAUGGCCUCUCCCUCUCUCCCUGUAGCAGCGGCAGACGAUCAAUCCUUUAUGUUUUUUCUUUCCAGCACAUUUCCAUGGUAACUGUGCUGUCUGAGAUCAGAUCAUCUGCGAGUAGACGGACCGAGCACCAGAAUGGAGCUGGAGGAGAAAAACCCAGAAUCUAAAUACGGGGAGUCCAGGAAGUUCGAUCCGAAUUUCAAAGGGCCGAUCCAGAACAGGGGUUGCACAGACAUCCUCUGCUGUAUUCUCUUCAUUCUCGCCCUGUUUGGUUACUUUGCUGUCGGUAUUCUCGCCUGGUCUCAGGGUGACCCCAGAAAAGUAAUUUAUCCCACAGACAGCAGAGGACAGUUCUGUGGGCAGGCCGGGACCCCGCUGGAGAAGAAACCUCUCCUGUUUUACUUCAACAUCCUGAAAUGUGCCAGUCCUCUGGUGCUGCUGGAGUUCCAGUGCCCCACCACGCAGUUAUGUGUGGAAAAGUGUCCUGACAGGUACAUGACUUUGGUGAAAGCGAAAUUAGGCAAAAAGGAAGACCAUGAAUACUACACUCAAUACUGCAAGGAGGGAACCAACUUCACCAAGCUGAGUCCCCCUGAGAUCCUGAGGGACAGCCUGUGUCCUGCCAUGCUGCUGCCCAGUAAAGCUUUCACACGGCGCUGCCUGCCGGCCCUGGGAAAGCUGAAAGGGGGGGUGGUGGUGGUGGGAAACGAGACAGCAUUCUACGACGACGACAAUAACAGAGUCAAUGCAACAGAUGUGCUGGAGGCAUCAAAGAAGUCGAAUGUUGUUUUGGAGGCUCGUCAGGUGGCCAUGAGAAUCUUUGAAGACUACACCCAGUCCUGGCACUGGAUAUUACUUGGUCUGGUGAUCGCCAUGGUUGUCAGCUUGAUUUUCAUUGUCCUGCUGCGCUUCCUGGCCGCCGUCAUGGUCUGGGUUAUGAUUGUUUUGGUCAUUAUCGUCAUUGGAUACGGGAUCUUCCACUGCUACAUGGAGUAUGCCAGUCUAAAGGGAGAACCAGGCGCAGACGUCAGCAUCCAGGACCUCGGCCUGCAGACAGACUUCUCUGUCUACCUGCAGAUCAGACAGACCUGGCUGGCCUUCAUGAUCAUCCUGGCAAUUGUGGAAUUCAUCAUCAUCCUGCUGCUCAUCUUUCUCAGGAAAAGAAUCAUGAUCGCUAUUGCUCUCAUCAAGGAAGCCAGCAGAGCUGUUGGCCAUGUCAUGUCAGCGAUGUUCUACCCGCUGCUGACCUUCGCCCUCCUGGCUGUGGUGAUUGCUUACUGGGCCGUCACUGCUGUAUUCCUGUCUACGUCGAAUGAACAGAUUUACAAAGUGUUCAACAACUCGGAGUGCCCAUUCUCUCGAGACACCUGCGACCCCAAGACAUUCAACACAUCCAAUGUUUCCGUCCAGUGCCCUGAUGCAGAGUGCCUGUUUGCUUUUUAUGGUGGUGAGACGCUGUACCACAGAUACCUCAUCCUGUUUCAGUUCUAUAACGUCUUCCUCUUCUUCUGGUGUGCAAACUUUGUGACGGCACUGGGCCAGGUGACGCUGUCAGGGGCUUUUGCUUCCUAUUACUGGGCCUUCAAGAAGCCAGAUGACAUUCCUGCUUAUCCCAUCUUCUCUUCCCUGGGACGGGCUCUCAGAUACCACACAGGCUCCCUGGCUUUUGGAUCCCUGAUCCUGUCUUUAGUCCAAGUCAUCAGAGUCAUCCUAGAGUAUCUGGAUCACAAAUUAAAAGGUGCUCAGAAUAAGUUUGCCAAAUUUCUGCUGAGCUGCAUGAAGUGCUGCUUCUGGUGUCUGGAGAAAUGUAUCAAGUUCCUGAACCGGAAUGCCUACAUCAUGAUUGCAAUCUAUGGGAAAAAUUUCUGUACCUCAGCUCGAGACGCCUUCUUCCUCCUCAUGAGAAACAUCAUCAGGGUGGCUGUUUUAGAUAAAGUGACCGACUUCCUGCUGUUUCUUGGGAAGCUCCUUAUUGUUGGCAUUGUGGGGAUUUUCUCUUUCUUCUUCUUCUCUGGAAGGAUCAAAGCUGUGGAGGACGCUGCUCCAACACUCAACUACUACUGGGUGCCUAUACUGACGGUAGUAGUGGGCUCAUACCUGAUUGCCCAUGGCUUCUUCAGUGUCUACGCCAUGUGUGUGGACACUCUGUUCCUGUGUUUCUGCGAGGACUUGGAAAGGAACGACGGGUCUUCUGAGAGACCUUACUUCAUGAAUCCCGAGCUGCACGAAAUUCUCUCCAAGUCCAGUAAGACGGAGGACGAAUGCGAUGGCGUUGAGCAGACGGAUGCUGCUAAACAAGUGGAUGAGGUGAAGGUAGAGGAGGAAACACCUCUCCAGCAGCAGGAUGGAGAGGUCCAGCUGAAACAGCAGAAUGUCCUGAUGGAGGAAAAUGAUGUGAAGCAGCCUCUGGAUUCCAAGACGGAGGAUGAAGAGCCGAAAGAGGAGAAGAAGGAAGAACAAGUCAAACAGGCAGGGGAAAGUGAGAAAAUAGAAGAGCAAGAUGUGAAGGAAGCUGCAGAAAAACAGGAGGUAAAAGCAGAGAAACCGGCUGCAGCUGUGGAAGCUGAGGGGGAGAAGACUAGUGAGGAGAAAACAGAGGAAAAAAAGGAGUCAAAGGAUGAUAAUCCUCCAUCUACACCACAGGAGUAGAUGCUACAAAGCAAGCGAGGUCCACAUCCACCUCAUAAAGCAUAAAGAAUGAAAGUUUUGUCCGUCAGCUUUGUCAUAUGGACCCGUUAAGCUAAAACCCUGUUCGGCUUUUCUGUGUGAGAGAACGAACAUUCCAGCUGAAGAUGGCGGCUCAGAGUGAAUGCUGAAGCAGGUCAAAAGCCCAGUGCAUCUCUGUAGCUUGGAAAACACACACACACACUCCUUUGUGUUGGUUUUGAGCAGUGUUGAUUUUCUAUUGUGAAGGUCUGUAAAACAUAGUGCGUGCUGAACCUGUGCCUGAUUACUUUUGGUGUUCGUCGUCUCAGUCCUAUUGAGUGGAAGCACUGCAGAACCAAUAACCAUGUUUACAGCCAGAACAAAAACAUCACAAUCAAUGGUGAAUCACUUUCACAGUUUACAGAAUACCAGCUGAUGCCAAAAUCUUUCGCAUUAUUUGAUACACCAGGAGUACUGAACCUUUUGUUGUUUAUGCAUCAGUGUAUGUUGAAUAUGUGUCUUUUGGCUUAUUGAGUCUCUCGUUAUGAUGGGAUUCAAUAUAAUGUACCGCCACCUACUUGCCUUGGUAUUUCGGAGUGGCGUUAAGUGCUGUGAUUGUUCAGCCAUGAUGCAGAUAUCAUGACCUCUGAACUCUCUGGACCCUUAAAACUCCCACCUGUUUACAGACUCCUUUGGCCUUGCUCUGUCCCCUUCCGCCAAACUCCUCUGUCUGUCUAAAGUGCUGCAUGAUAUUAACACGGCCUUCUGAAUGCUUGCAACUAAUGUCUUAGGUUUCUGGAAGCUUUUGUACUUCUUGCCUGUAAGCUGGUUUUGUUCUUUUUUGUUUAUUUUUGUUUUUAAUUACCUACUGAAAUGUUUGAUGACAUUCCAAAUUUACUGGGUGUAAUCCCUGAUUCCAAGUGGUUGUAUUUAAUCGUCGUUCUGCCAUGUAAACAUGUGACUGCCGAGUUGGUUUCAUGUUUAUGGAACAGGUGAGUUUUUUUCAAACAGAGAGAGCAAAAGGGGCAUCUUGACAAUUUUAUAGAAGUCAGUUUGUUCGUUGUUUUUGACUUGUGACACCCCACCCCUUAACCUGAACAGAAUAUAAGUCUAUACAUUUUGGACUUUGUGUGGAUCAUAAUUUUUUUAAAGGUCCUUUAAAAUCUCAAAAGACAUGCCUGAAAUGGGGCGACUAAAUAAACAGCUAUUUGAAACUAAAUGCCCGUUACUGUAAUUUAAUUUGUCAUCAACAAAGUCAACACUUUGUAUUGGUUAGUCCACAAUCAAUUAAAAAUGUCUUAACAAUUAGAUCAUUAGGACCUAUAGUGACUCAUUUGGACCCUUUCUUUUCCUGGGUCAAAUGAUAAUGGUUCAUACAAAUUAAUUUCAUUCUAAAAGCAAUAUAUUGAUUUGUAGCCAUCCACAAUCUCCUGGUUGGGUGGCUGACCAGUCUGUUUAGCAUUACUAGUAGAGUUCAUUUAAAAUUGUUCUCAGUGGCCAACCAACAAAGUUUGAGCUCAUGAUUACCACUAUCUACAAAGUUUGGUGGUGGCAGCAUCAUGCUGAGGGUCUUCCUCAUCUAUUUUUUCAACUCACAUAAACAGCUAGAUUACUACGACACAUGAUUGCUCUAACAACACAAUGAUCCCAGGCUAGGACACAUCAGAAAGGACUUUGGGAUGGCUUGACUAAGAUUGUGAAAAGGCCUUGCCAAAGCUACAUUUUCUAUAUAUAUAUAUAUAUAUAGACUGUAGUUAAAAAGUGAGUCUGAGAGGAAACAGCCCAAUUUAAAUGAACUCUGCUAUCCACUCUGCCAGAAAGAUUGGUAAAGUAUCCGGUCAGAAUUUUACCAGAAGCUUGUUAGUGUAGUUCAGGUCCUGCUUGCAAGGGGUAAUUGAGCUGAAUAUUCGCUGGUGGUGUAUGUAAACUUUCGAGCCUUUUUGUGUAAUAUACAAUCUCUGUGUUAAUCAAAUAAAAGCCAGAUAAAUUCUAACGUGUGCUCCAUUGUUACUUCCCAGCCACCUGAUUGGAUACACCCUACUAGUGCUGGGUUAAACCAUGUGUUGCCUUCUGUGUUGCCUCUGUCGGUCAUCUCAUAUAGCUUUAACAAUGUGGCAGAAAUAGUCCUCUGAGAAUUUGGUAUAGAUC